GGAAAAGUACCGACGUAGCAAGUGAUUGCACAAGAACAAACAUGGCGACUAACACGUGAGAGAACAAAUUUGAAAUGGGGAAGAAAAAGAAGCCGUUUAUUGACAAGAAAAGCGCUCAUAGUUUCCAGCUCGUCCAUCGAAGUCAGAAAGAUCCCUUACAAGCUGACGAAGAGAGUUCUAAACAUGUGUUGCUACCGUUAGAUUCUUCCAGUCAGGAUCCAAGUCAAAUAGCCUCCAAAGAUGAGCAUAAAAAGAAGGAGGAGGAAAGACAGCAUGGAAUUUUCUUUGAUGAGGACUACAAUUACUUGCAGCACCUUAAACCUCGCACAAACCUUACACUGGAGCCACUCCCUGAUAAUGUGGCUGUAAUUGAAGCCAAGACAACUGCAGAUCAUGUGGAGUUUGGUAAAGUCAAAUUGCCAACUGAAGUAUUUGCUUCCAGAUAUGAGGAAGAAGAAGGAAUGCUUAAUCUUGCUUCUCCAGUUUCAGGUCCCCGGCCUGACUUGGAUCCUGAUAUUGUGGCUGCAUUGGAUGAUGCACUGGAUCUGAAUGACCCUGAUAACAUUUUGGAGGAUGAUUUUAUGUUGAAGGCAAAUGGUGAACAUGCAGACUAUGAAAGUGAUGACAACUUAAUUGGGAGCAAUGAUGAGGAUGGAAGUGAUGCAGAUCUUUAUCCUUCAGAUGAGGCUGACGAGUCAGAUGAUGGAAUGUCGUAUUUUGAGGAAGAGGAAACUAAAUCAAGAUUUACAAACUAUUCCAUGACAUCAUCUGUAAUAAGAAGGAAUGAAGGUUUGCAACUUAUUGAUGAAAGAUUUGAAAAGUUGAUGGAGGAGUAUGAUGAAGAUGAAAUAGGAGCACUGGAUCACGAAGAGCUAGAAGGCACCAUUCAGCCAGACAGCAAACGGCUCAAUGCUCUGGCUGAAGAAUUCAUUGAAAGCCAACAAGUACAGGAUUUCUCUGAUGUCAAGGAGAGUAAACUGGUCAGAGGUCAUGAUAAAAAUGAAGAUAGUGACAGCUCUCCAGAUGAACUGGUCAGAGUUGCAGACGAGCCAAAAGAGAAAUGGGACUGUGAAUCCAUUUUAAGUACGUAUUCAAACCUCUACAAUCAUCCCAAACUGAUCAAAGACACUCCAAGGGUGAAACCAAUCAAAUUAUCCAAGGUUGGUAUUCCACUUGGUGUGCUUUCACAGCGUGCUGAAUCCAAAAAGAACGUGCAGGCUAGCGAACGCAUCGAUACAGAGGAGACGGAAACGCUUUUUUCUCAUAACACUGUGAGAAGCAAAGACGAAACUAAAGAAGAAAAAAAACAAAGGAAACAAGAAGUCAAGAACGAUAGAAAGGUGCGACGGAUGGAAAAGAAGGCGAAUAAGAUGGCUUUCAAAUGCGAAAAGCAAAGACAAGAGCAGUCCAUGCUGAAUACAAAACAACAACAGGGAAAGAAGCUCUGAUACUUGUACAUAUUGAAAGGACAAUUUCCAAAAACAAAAUUCAAUUUCCAUAUACGCCUGUAUAAUCCCUUGGUUUAAAUUUUUAAUCCUAGAAGUGUUCUAUGAAAUGCACGAAAAAAAAUGUUUUUCAAAUCCUUUAUGAUACGAAACGCAGCGAGAAAUGAGAACAAGAGACCUCUGCUCCUUAACAGCUCCUCAAGCCUUUAGUAGUGCAGGGCUUAGUAAUUAGGUGAGAAAGGGAAGGUUCUGUUUCCUUUAGGGGCCGACCAUUUAACUUUUGAGGGAGGGUGGGUGAUUUUGAAAAAAAAUUCCUGCAAGC